CUGAUGGUGAGACCAUUCUGAAAGGCCUCCAGUCCAUUUUCCAGGAGAAGGGGAUGACGGAGUCGGUGCACACCUGGCAGGACCAUGGUUAUUUAGCGACCUACAUAAACAAAAAUGGCAGCUUUGCCAAUUUGAGAAUUUACCCACAUGGACUGGUGUUGCUGGACCUUCAGAGUUACGACGGGGAUGCGCAAGGCAAAGAAGUUGACAGUCUUUUGAACAAAGUAGAAGAAAGAAUGAAAGAAUUGAGUCAGGACAGUACUGAGCGGGUGAAGCGCUUACCACCCAUAGUUCGAGGAGGGGCCAUUGACAGAUACUGGCCCACUGCCGAUGGCCGUCUGGUUGAGUACGACAUAGAUGAAGUGGUGUAUGAUGAAGACUCACCUUACCAGAACAUUAAAAUUUUACACUCGAAACAAUUUGGAAACAUUCUCAUCCUUAGUGGGGAUGUUAAUUUGGCAGAAAGUGACUUGGCGUAUACCCGGGCCAUCAUGGGCAGUGGCAAGGAAGAUUACACCGGCAAAGAUGUACUCAUUCUGGGAGGUGGAGAUGGGGGCAUAUUAUGUGAAAUAGUCAAACUGAAACCAAAGAUGGUCACUAUGGUAGAGAUUGACCAAAUGGUGAUUGACGGAUGUAAGAAAUACAUGCGAAAAACGUGUGGCGAUGUCUUAGACAAUCUUAAAGGAGACUGCUAUCAGGUUCUAAUAGAAGACUGUAUUCCAGUCCUGAAGAGGUACGCCAAAGAAGGGAGAGAGUUUGAUUAUGUGAUUAAUGAUUUGACAGCUGUUCCAAUCUCCACAUCUCCAGAAGAAGAUUCCACAUGGGAGUUUCUCAGACUGAUUCUUGACCUCUCAAUGAAAGUAUUGAAACAGGAUGGGAAAUAUUUUACACAGGGGAACUGUGUCAAUUUGACGGAAGCCCUGUCACUCUAUGAAGAACAGCUGGGGCGCCUGUAUUGUCCUGUGGAAUUCUCGAAGGAGAUUGUCUGUGUCCCUUCAUACUUGGAAUUAUAUCCUUUGACCAUAUCGUUCUGUUGCCAAAUCAGAACAUCCAUAUAAAUCCCAUGCCUAUUU